CGUCAUCUGCGGAGGGAUAGAAGCUUCAGGAGGACAGAGAGGCAGAAGAGAGAGAGAUAGGGGGGGCCAAGACUGAGAGGAAUUGCAGCGGAGAGAGAGUGGAGGGGGGCUCGAAAGAAUUCAUAUAACCACAGAUUUAAAAGGGCUAAUAAGGAGCGCAAAUAUCAUAGUCAACAAACCGAGCGUCGGACGGAGGAGAUUCUUGCAUUGUUAUCCUGCAGAGGAAUAUAAAAAUGUCGUCUCCAAGUCCGGGUAAAAGGCGAAUGGAUACCGACGUGGUGAAACUUAUUGAGAGCAAACAUGAAGUCACCAUCCUGGGAGGACUCAAUGAAUUUGUAGUGAAGUUUUAUGGACCACAAGGAACACCGUAUGAAGGGGGCGUGUGGAAGGUGCGAGUAGAUCUACCCGACAAAUACCCUUUCAAAUCUCCGUCAAUAGGAUUCAUGAAUAAAAUAUUUCAUCCCAACAUUGACGAAGCGUCAGGAACUGUGUGUCUAGAUGUAAUUAACCAAACAUGGACAGCCCUCUAUGACCUUACCAAUAUAUUUGAAUCGUUCCUGCCUCAGCUGCUCGCCUACCCGAAUCCUAUAGAUCCUUUGAAUGGAGAUGCGGCAGCCAUGUAUCUCCACCGACCAGAAGAAUACAAGCAGAAAAUUAAAGAAUACAUCCAGAAAUAUGCAACAGAGGAGGCUCUGAAGGAGCAGGAGGAGGCGGCCGGGGACAGUUCGUCGGAGAGUUCGAUGUCGGAUUUUUCGGAAGAUGAGGCACAGGAUAUGGAGUUGUAGUAAAAAGAGGCGCCCUUAACAGAACAGAGACUAUAUGAUUUCUUAACCAUGAGAAGCAGACUAUAAUAUUCAUAUUUAAACAAGGCAAUUUUUUUUAUUACUAAACAAGGAUUUUUAUGGAUAUAGCGUUGGUGUAUAUCUCACUCUCUAGAUGUUCAUUUCCCAGUCAUUUCUCAACCCAAGGCGCAUAGCAUUCCCACAUUCCACUUUGGUAGCUGCUUAGCCCGAAUGCAUGUGAUCGCUGUAUCCUGUUGGUCAGCCUAACUCACGUGUGACUCAACUCUAGAACAAAACGGAUGCCUCGAUAGGCAAGGCCAAGGGGAACGCAUCCCUUCUCUUUGUGACCAAUGCACCGAGGAAAAAAUAAAAAUAGGAUGUUGUUGCUGGUAAUUGCAUCAUGGCUAUGACAUGACGUUCUCUUCCAGUUAAGCCCUUUCUUACGUAAUUUUUUUUUAGAUCUUGAACUGUAUAAAACAGAUUGGAUAUGUAAACAGUUCGGCAGGAUUACUGCUUGUUAAUACCUGGCAAAUAUUACUGAAGUUAGUGGCUGUUUUAAUUUAAUACAAUAGCUCGGAGGUUGCUUGCUUUAUUUAAAAAAAAAAUGGAAAUGUAGCUUCAGGAGCCCAUUUUGUAUAGCGCAGGUUUUUGCUUCCAUUUAAGUAUGAAAAGCUGUAAUGUUUGUUUUUUAAAUGCAUUUUCCUGUCUGUGCAGGACUCAAAUCCAGCUUUUUAUUUUAGCAUUAUAACCCUGUUGUGGUAAUAAUGGAAGAGGCGACCAACCUUGGCAGAAGACAACGAUACUACGUCCUGACACCUCACCUGCCAGCGAGUUAAUCCACUGAUAGUCCACGCCUUAGUGUAAAUGGUUUUUGUAGACAUUUCUCUUUUUGCGCAUGGAUGUAUUAGGGACAAAAAAAAAAUCCCUGAAAAAAAAGUGGUAGGUUUUGGUUUUCUACCCAGUGUUGCAAUAUAGGUUUCAACAAACAUUUGGGCCCCUUUUUCCCCCAUCUGUGUUGCUGGCAGAGCAGGGUGGAAGGCGGGGGCCUGCUGUCCACGUCACUGAGGGGGUGAUGGUUGCGAGGGGCUGAACGCAGCAGUGAGGUCACGCCUGACUUGGUGGUUGCAGAGCCUUCUCCUUCCCAUUCGUCAGUCAAUGUUUUUCUUUCAAGAGCAUUACUAAAGCCACGUAGAGAGAUUCAGAGGGAGACAAACACAGUCAGUUGGUAUCCAUAAAGCACAAAGAUCUUCUAUAUUUUCUUAGUCUAGAAGAACUAAAUUCAGUUUAAAUUUGCAUGUUUUUUCCCCUUUAGUUUCCAGAACCACCUGUGCUUUUGUUUUGUUUUUUUAUCUCAACAACCUUUUGUACAUUGUGGCAUGAUACAGAACUGAAGUUGUAUAGGGCUUUGUUGAGCUAGUAUGCUUUAAAAAGAAAAAUAUAUUAACAUUUGUGGCUUCUGUUUGAAGGCUAGAGUUAAGUAUGUAUUAUGUAGUGGUAAACUUGAUUACUCUUCAUUAGAACAUGGUAAUUGUGGGGGGAAUUCUGCAGGUCCUUUUAAACUUGCUUUACCUAUCAACUUGCCUAUUGCUUGUGCUGAACUAGAGGUGUCUGACUUACAUAGGGAUAGUUUGCUGGGUGGUGAUUUAAAUUUGAAAAAGAUUUGUAUGAUUUUAAUAAUUAUAGAAAUAGCCUGUUUGAGCUAACAUCUUGAAAAAAAUAUUACUCGCUUAAUUUAGCCUAUUCCAUGGUUAAAUAGAUAUUCCAAAGAUUUAAGCUUCCUUCCCUGCCUGUUCCCAUAUGCAAAUUAUAGAGACUUGUACAGGUCAACUGUUAAGUUACUUCAGGCUGUUGUAAAUUUGUUUUGGGACACAUUGAUAUAACAUUGUGUCAUAUUUAUUUUGAAAUCAGUUCUUAAAAGUAAGAGCCUUGGAUUACAUUUUUGUGCCUGUGCGGAAGCUGUGCACAUAUGCAGGAACUACAAGUUUAAACCUGUGAAAUGUGAUGAAUUCCACACUGGGUGAAAUGAUAAAUCUUGUUUUUCAGUAUUCAAUAAGGUCUGGUUACUGUGGCAACUAAUAUACAAAGUGCAUUUAAAAUCUGGUCACAAUUAGAAUCCAGAGUAGGUCAACGUUUUGGAAUAUGCCAAAUGGAAUAUGGGUUUUUAAUUCCCAAACCAAUGUGAAAAAGGCUGUCACAUAAUAGUCGUUUGGUAUCUCAGAAUUUGAGCCUGCAAAACUCAAUGAUCAGUUGUUCGAUUUCCUCUUUGACUGCACACUUAGCUGAUUCUGAGCUUGUCUGUUUAAAAAAAACAACAAGUCAACAACUGCAAAAAGAUUUGCAAUCUGAUGCUAAACACGGAGGUUUGGAGUUCAUCCAUAUUUAGAUUUUUGAGUAGAAGCUUGAAUUUCUUUUAAAGAAGACUUUCAAUAGGUUUUUAUUUUUUUAAUUUCUACACAUUGAUGCAGUAUUGUAAAAAUAAAAAGCAUUAAAGGAGAACUACCAGCUAUGUUAGGUACUUGUGUUCAUGAUGAGUACACUGGGACCCACACCAUUUCUAGGCUGUGGUGUUGGGCUCUUCUGCUGUGGGAGCACAAAACUGGACAACAAAAAAUUCUCCCGGGAGACCUGGGCUAUGGCUGUUGUAACAUGGCAAAAACGUUAUAGGGUGGAUGGCCUGCGUAGGCCAUUAACAGUUCAAAGCCAGCCUUUUCCUUUUUUUUUAGGUAAUCCUAAAUGUUAAGAGGAUAUUUGUAAUCUUUUCUUUUUUUUUCCCUUUCUCCUCCAGUCAAGAAUUUGAUUGAUACAAAAUCCAAAACUAAAGAUUGUGCUUCCCUUGUAACGUAAAUAAACAGAAAAAAAAUCUGAUACUGCAUCUGUUCCAGGAUUUCAUUUUCCCCCUAUCCUCCGAGGCAUGACUGCCUUUGCUUCUCGGCAUGCCACGCAGUUUCAGCCCUAGGACUUCUCUCCCGCUCCUUUCUGGUAAUGUAUUAGACACUCGAUGCCGCGAGUGAUGAAGUUGUAUCCGCAGGAGAGCGGCCUGGCCCACUUUUACCUGACUGAUAACCCUGCAGGAAGGAGAAAAGAGACAGAUCUCCUGCCAGAAGCACAACAGCACCUGCCCUGACCUCUCCCUCCACUCGGCUGGUGUGCUGGCCAGGCUGUCCGACCCCAAGGGCCGGCCAGCCGUGGGGUCAGGCUGCACCACGAUCCCUUUCUUUCAGGUCUUGCUUCUUCAGAGUUAACGCCUGCACUGUGUUAGGGGGGUGUGUGCAGCAUGGGAAAUGGCCAUUAUUUUAAUCGCAGCUCUGUAUUUGGUACCUAGUGUGUGAUACUUGAAAAGUCAAAAGGGCGUUUCUUCCGUCCUGAGUCUGGCUGAUUUCCCCCCCCCCCCCCUUCUUUUUUUCUUUUUUUCCCCUUCCUUUUACUUUGCAUUGUGAUUAUGUAGUGGGCAUGCCGGUCACGAGUGACAAAUGCCUUCUAUCUAUAGGAUUAUAACCUUAAAUAGUUGUGUAUAAAUGAAAAACUGUAAUAACUUUUUUUUAAUAAAAAACUUUAAAUGUG